AUGACUUCUCCAGUGAGAAAUAGUAAUAAUUCUUCGCCUAAACUUCAUGACUCUCCUUUACCUGUUCAAUCAACAGAUAAUCUUAUUUCAACCCCCACUUCACCUAGCCCACCAACUUUACUGUAUCAUGAUCCAAACUCUCAACGAAGUGCGGAGUCUGAUCAAAGUGGUUCACGCGUAGACUUUAGAGGUGGCGAUGAAGAACAAGUGCAAAGUGAAGAAACACCUUUACUAAGGCAAAGGUAUUCUUCUCCUAUGUUUAUGCCAACUUCACCAAUUGAUCUUUCUAGAAGGCAAAAUUCUGCCUCUCCUUCCAGAAAACAACUUCCAAGACAAAAUAAUAGUCCACAAUCACCACUACUACCUUACUCGCAUAAUGCAACUACUAAUUCUCGUCAAGAAUAUGUGAAUUUGAAUAAUAACGUCAACAACUCUGAUUCUAUUUUUGAGACAAUUUCAAACUCAAACAACUCAUAUGAUGAGACUGAUUCGGAUGGUGGCACAAAUACUUUGAUUUCAUCGCGUCGUCCUUCUAAAAUACAGACAGACGUAUGCUUUCCUAUGCUGGAAGCUAUUUCCAAGAAAGGAGUGGAUUAUGAUGCUCUUGAAAUCUAUCACCCAUCAGAGGCUUCAUAUAGAUUCACAUUUUAUUCGACAGCUUAUAGUACAGUACAUGCUCGAUCAUUAGCCGAGAUUCCAUCCACAGGAACUUCGCUCUCCGAAAUGUUGAAAGCUGGAUGUUGGUGGAUCGAUAUCUUAUCGCCAUCAGAUUCAGAAAUUCAAGAGUUGGGUAGGAUCUUUGGAAUUCAUCCUCUUACGAUGGAAGAUAUUCAAACAGAGGAUACUCGCGAAAAGUGUGAAUUAUUUAAAGAAUAUUAUUUCAUUUGCUUUCGGUCUUUUGAUCAGGACCAUUAUUCCUCUACAUAUCUACAACCUGUAAGUCUUUACAUGGUUGUUAUGAAAGAGGGCAUUAUAUCAUAUCAUUUUCGUCCAACGCCACAUCCAUCAAAUGUGAGACGACGCAUACAACAAUUAAAAGAUUACAUAAAUGUGACACCGGAUUGGAUCAACUAUGCAAUUAUUGAUGAUAUCACCGAUUCAUUCGCGCCAUUAAUACGAUCGAUCGAAUUUGAAGUUGAUUCAAUUGAUGAGUUAGUUUUGAUCCUAAAAGAAUCAGAACAAAGCGACAUGUUACGACGGAUUGGCCAUUGUCGUAAGAAGGUUUUGGGAUUAUUAAGAUUACUAGGAAGCAAAGCUGAUGUUAUGAAAGGCUUGAUUAAGAGAUGUAAUGAAUUGAGAUGGGACGUAAUUGUUAGUAGCGAAAUUGUGUUAUAUCUUGGAGAUAUUCAAGAUCAUAUAAUAACAAUGGUUCAAAAUUUGAAUCAUUAUGAAAAAAUAUUAUCAAGAUCACACUCAAAUUACCUAGCACAAAUAUCCAUUGAGAUGACACAGGCAAACAAUCAAAUUAAUGAUAUAUUAUCUCGUCUUACUGCACUAGGAACCAUUCUUGUGCCCAUGAAUCUUGUAACAGGUUUAUGGGGCAUGAAUGUUCCUGUUCCCGGUCAAGAAUCAGAUGGGCUGACAUGGUUUUUUUCUAUAUUAUUAUCUUUAAUAAUAUUUGCCGUUGUUGGGGUUUUGGUGGCACAUCGAACAGGAAUAGUAUGA